CGACCGUGACACAUUUGCCUUGGAAAUCAUUUUUCUCCUCAGAAGUUGUUCAACUUUGGAAUCUGAUACAAGCAAAAGUUAAAAUGAAGUCAAGCAAGCCAACAAUUGAAAAGGAAACAUGGGGCGAUAUUGUAGAAAGAGAAUUAGGGGAGCCUCCUGAGGGGAUUAUCAUCUAUUCCUAUGAAGGUGAAGAUGAUUUUGAUGAUUUUGACUCCGAUGACAGAUGCAGUGAGAGGAACAGCUACCCCCGUGAAAACAGCAAGGAGAAGGAUUACUCUGACAAUCACACCUCAGAGUGCAUCAAAGAUGUACGUUUUUCUGCUUCUGAGCAGCAAACCCCUACCAAUCAGAGGGUUUCUAGAGAAAACGUCAAACAGCAAGCUGUCACAAAAGAAUGUGAUCAGGAAGCAUCCUUAGAAAAACAGAGUUGUAGAAAGGAAACUCCGGUCUCUAAACCACCACUGGUCCCUGAAAAAGAAACGAUCCCUGAAACACAGGAGACACAGGACCAACAAGAGAAGGAACAGCCAGUUGAGUAUUUGAGCAACAAGAAGAUAAUAGUACCACUGGACAAUUGGUUUGAGUCUGAGUCUGAGUCAGAGUCAGAGUCAAAAAUAGUUCAAACACCAUAUAUUUUAUUUGACCCCUCCUUUAACCAACUAUCUGCAAUUUACCCACCGGGUUAUUUCGACUAUUAUGAAAAGAAAGCUCAAAAAGCUGCUAGCAAGAAGGGGAAAAAGAAAGAGGAGGUCAUUGAAGAAGUUAAGGUCUCUGAAACACUACAAAAUGGGGAUGAGCAAAAGCCUUCUAAGAAACCUAAACGUAAGAAGAAACAAAAGACAUCUUCGGAAACUGCCUCUGGACCUGAAACCAUCAAAGAUCAAGAGGUUUCUGGAGAAAAUACUGAACAGGAAGAAGUUUCAGUGCAGGAAAAUGAAGGUGAUCAGGCAGCUUCCUUAGAAAAGCAGACUUGCACAAAGGAAACUCCAAUCUUUGCACCAUCUCUAGUCCCUGAAAAAGAAAUGAUCCCUGAAAAACAGGACAAUACUGAACAGGAAGAAGUUUCAACACCAGAAAUAGUCAAGGAUCAGUCGGUUUCCUUCCAAAAUGAGAUCUGUACGAAUGAAACGGUGAUAUCUAAAUCACAGGAGGUAGUUGAAGAAAUUAAGAUCUCUGAAACCCUUCAAAAUGGUGAAGAGCAAGGAGAGAAAAAGCCUUCUAAGAAAUCUAAACGUAAGAACAAACAAAAGACAUCUUUGGAAACUGCCUCUGGACCUGAAACCCUCAAAGAUCAAGAGGUUUCUGGAGAAAAUACUGAACAGGAAGAAGUUUCAACACCAGAAAUAGUCAAGGAUCAGUCGGUUUCCUUCCAAAAUGAGAUCUGUAGAAAUGAAACGGUGAUAUCUAAACCACAGGAGGUAGUUGAAGAAGUUAAGGUCUCUGAAACACUACAAAAUGGUGAAGAGCAAGGAGAGAAAAAGCCUUCUAAGAAAUCUAAACGUAAGAAGAAACAAAAGACAUCUUUGGAAACUGCCUCUGGACCUGAAACCCUCAAAGAUCAAGAGGUUUCUGGAGAAAAUACUGAACAGGAGGAAGUUUCAACACCAGAAAUAGUCAAGGAUCAGUCUGUUUCCUUCCAAAAUGAGAUCUGUACAAAUGAAACAGUGAUAUCUAAACCACAGGAGGUAGUUGAAGAAGUUAAGGUCUCUGAAACACUACAAAAUGGUGAGGAGCAAGGAGAGAAAAAGCCUUCUAAGAAAUCUAAACGUAAGAAGAAACAAAAGACAUCUUUGGAAACUGCCUCUGGACUUGAAACCCUCAAAGAUCAAGAGGUUUCUGGGGAAAAUGCUGAACAGGAAGAAGUUUCAGUGCUGGAAAAAGAAGGUGUUCAGGCAGCUUCCUUAGAAAAGCAGACUUACACAAAGGAAACUCCAAUCUCUACACCACCACUAGUCCCUGAAAAAGAAACCAUCCCUGAAACACAGGACAUACUGGAUCAACACUCAGAAAAUAUCCAGGUGGAAAAUUUAACUGAGGUCUCUGACAAUCAAACUUCAGGGAGCACUCAGGAGGAAAGAUUCACACAAGCCUCUGACAAUCAGCGUUCUGAGGUUGCAGAGAUUCAUCCCACAAUACAGCAGGACACAAAGGAUUGGACUCACACCUACAGGUCUGCUGCCUUCAGAACACGUCAAGAUAACAGGCGCUGGUACUGCUAUGAGUACUCAGUCCCACCAUACCCCAACCCAUAUACCAUUAGGUCUGAAAGGAGAGCUCAAAAAGGCAAGGAAAAUCCACUAUUUGGUCUUGGUGAGGUGCAAGAAAGAUUUUUGCAGAUGUUUCACAACUCCCAAAAUCCUGCCCCUAUGCCUUACCCUAGGCCGCCACCAGAAGUUUUAACACCAGAAAUGGUUUCUGGGGAAAAUACUGAACAGGAAGAAGUUUCAGUGCUGGGAAAAGAAGGUUUUCAGGCAGCUUCCUUAGAAAAGCAGACUAACACAAAGGAAACUCCAAUCUCUACACCACCGCUAGUCCCUGAAAAAGAAACCAUCCCUGAAACACAGGACAUACUGGAUCAACACUCAGAAAAUAUCCAGGUGGAAAAUUUAACUGAGGUCUCUGACAAUCAAACUUCAGGUAGCACUCAGGACGAAAGAUUCACACAAGCCUCUGACAAUCAACGUUCUGAGGUUGCAGUGAUUCAUCCCACUAUACAGCAGGACAUAAAGGAUUGGACUCGCACCUACAAGUCUGCUGCCUUCAGAACACGUCAAGAUAACAGGCGCUGGUACUGCUAUGAGUACUCAGUCCCACCAUACCCCAACCCAUAUACUAUUAGGUCUGAAAGGAGAGCUCAAAAAGGCAAGGAAAAUCCCCAAUUUGGUCUUGGUGAGGUGCAAGAAAAUUUUUUGCAGAUGUUUCACAACUCCCAAAAUCCUGCCCCUAUGCCUUACCCUAGGCCACCACCACCACCACCUUAUCUUCGCCAGAUGUACGACCUUCAACAACAUCUAAAAUACAUGGAGGAUGUAUUUAUAAACUGCUUAUUUCUUUCCAACCAAGCUGAUAGAAGACUGUGGGCAGAGAAAAAAUACAAUGACUGUUUGACACAGCUCCACUUUUAUGAAGGGAUCCUUAAAGACUCAAAAGAAUCCCCAUAUUUGCCCAAGUUCCCCGAAGUGCCAAAAAAUGGAGAAAAAUGUAAAUGUCAGGCCAAAUUGGAGAAGAUCCAACUGGAAAAUAUGGAGAUACAGGAAUACUUAAUGAAGCAGGCAAAUGAGAUGUAUCACGCCACUCUUUUGCUAAAUGCUGAACUCAACCACAAAGAGGAGUUGCUGAAGAAAAAGGACUCAGAACAAAGACAAGACAAAAAGCAGACAGUUUCUGUAGAAAUUCAGACAGAUUCACGGGAAGCCUCAGAGCUGAAAGCAACCAGCUAUCAAACCAUUUCAACACAAACUGAGGUGGAUGUACAGGAAACUAAAUGUGAAGAAAUCCCAGUCUAUCAAAACAUUUCAACACAAACUGAGGUGGAUGUACAGGAAACUAGAUGUGAAAAAAUCCCAGUCUAUCAAACCAUUUCAACACAAACUGAGGUGGAUGUACAGGAAACUAAUUGUGAAAUAAUCCCAGUCUAUCAAACCAUUUCAACACAAACUGAGACAGUUUUAUUGUUAAAUGUUGAAGAAGUAAAGGUCUCUGAAACACUACAAAAUGGUGAAGAGCAAGGAGAGAAAAAGCCUUCAAAGAAUGAAACACUACAAAAUGGUGGGGAGCAAGGAGAGAAAAGGCCUUCAAAGAAAUCUAAACGUAAGAAGAAACAAAAGACAUCUUUGGAAACUGCCUCUGUACCUGAAACCCUCAACGAUCAAGAGGUUUCUGGAGAAAAUAUUGAACAUGAAGAAGUUUCAACACCAGAAAUAGUCAAGGAUCAGUCUGUUUCAUUACAAAAUGAGAUCUGUACAAAUGAAACGGUGAUAUCUAAACCACAGGAGGUAGUUGAAGAAGUUAAGGUCUCUGAAACAAUACAAAAUGGUGAAGAGCAAGGAGAGAAAAAGCCUUCUAAGAAAUCUAAACGUAAGAAGAAACAAAAGACAUUUUUGGAAACUGCCUCUGGACCUGAAACCCUCAACGAUCAAGAGGUUUCUGGAGAAAAUAUUGAACAUGAAGAAGUUUCAACACCAGAAAUAGUCAAGGAUCAGUCUGUUUCAUUACAAAAUGAGACCUGUACGAACGAAACGGUGAUAUCUAAACCACAGGAGGUAGUUGAAGAAGUAAAGGUCUCUGAAACAAUACAAAAUGGUGAAGAGCAAGGAGAGAAAAAGCCUUCUAAGAAAUCUAAACGUAAGAAGAAACAAAAGACAUCUUUGGAAACUGCCUCUGGACCUGAAACCCUUAAAGAUCAAGAGGUUUCUGGAGAAAAUACUGAACAGGAGGAAGUUUCAACACCAGAAAUAGUUAUGGAUCAGUCUGUUUCAUUACAAAAUGAGAUCUGUACAAAUGAAACGGUGAUAUCUAAACCACAGGAGGUAGUUGAAGAAGUAAAGGUCUCUGAAACACUACAAAAUGGAGAUGAGCAAGGAGAGAAAAAGCCUUCUAAGAAAUCUAAACGUAAGAAGAAACAAAAGACAUCUUUGGAAACUGCCUCUGUACCUGAAACCCUCAACGAUCAAGAGGUUUCUGGAGAAAAUAUUGAACAGGAAGAAGUUUCAACACCAGAAAUAGUCAAGGAUCAGUCUGUUUCAUUACAAAAUGAGAUCUGUACGAACGAAACGGUGAUAUCUAAACCACAGGAGGUAGUUGAAGAAGUAAAGGUCUCUGAAACAAUACAAAAUGGUGAAGAGCAAGGAGAGAAAAAGCCUUCUAAGAAAUCUAAACGUAAGAAGAAACAAAAGACAUCUUUGGAAACUGCCUCUGGACCUGAAACCCUUAAAGAUCAAGAGGUUUCUGGAGAAAAUACUGAACAGGAGGAAGUUUCAACACCAGAAAUAGUUAAGGAUCAGUCUGUUUCCUUACAAAAUGAGAUCUGUACAAAUGAAACGGUGAUAUCUAAACCACAGGAGGUAGUUGAAGAAGUUAAGGUCUCUGAAACACUACAAAAUGGUGAGGAGCAAGGAGAGAAAAAGCCUUCUAAGAAAUCUAAACGUAAGAAGAAACAAAAGACAUCUUUGGAAACUGCCUCUGGACUUGAAACCCUCAAAGAUCAAGAGGUUUCUGGGGAAAAUGCUGAACAGGAAGAAGUUUCAACACCAGAAAUAGUCAAGGAUCAGCCGGUUUCCUUACAAAAUGAGAUCUGUAUAAUUGCAAAGGUGAUAUCUAAACCACAGGAGGUAGUUGAAGAAGUUAAGGUCUCUGAAACACUACAAAAUGGUGAAGAGCAAGGAGAGAAAAAGCCUUCUAAGAAAUCUAAACGUAAGAAGAAACAAAAGACAUCUUUGGAAACUGCCUCUGGACCUGAAACCCUCAACGAUCAAGAGGUUUCUGGAGAAAAUAUUGAACAGGAAAAAGUUUCAACACCAGAAAUAGUCAAGGAUCAGUCGGUUUCAUUACAAAAUGAGAUCUGUACAAAUGAAACGGUGAUAUCUAAACCAGAGGAGGUAGUUGAAGAAGUUAAGGUCUCUGAAACACUACAAAAUGGUGAAGAGCAAGGAGAGAAAAAGCCUUCUAAGAAAUCUAAGAAGUCGGUUUUCUCCCUUUCAGCUUCUGCUAAAAGGGAGAGUGGUCAAAAGGAAAAGCAGACUUCAAAAGCGCUGAAGGUAAGCGAAAGAGAAAAAGCCUCUAAAUUCCAAAAGAAAUCCAUCCAGAAAGAGGAGACAAAGUCUAAAAAGUCUCAACACGCUGUAACAUCCCCUCCACAGAUGAAGAUUAAAGAAGUGGAAGAUGCCAUCCACACACAAGCAGCAAAAGAGGGGCUUGUGCAGGACAAUAAUCCUAAACAAGCUGAUAGCCUAGUAAAAAAGGUUUCACUGUGGAAGCGUAUCAAAAAGGCCAUGACUCCAUCAAAUUGGUGCCGGUGCAAAGACAGGAAGGAAAACCAGCCUCAGUAGACGUCAACAGUCUCUGACACUUUAGAUUUUAAAUGGGGGUGGGCAGGGUAGUUUUGUAUUAAUUGGAGAGUGCAAAUUAAAAAGCUAAGGCUGCACAUUGGGAAAUGUCUCCCUUAGCAUGCGUGGGUUUUUGAUACUGAACAUCCACUGUUAAAAACUAACAGUGGAUGUUCAGUAAAAAGCUGAAAUCAUUGUUGAUGGGAUGUAAAAAAGAUUUGUAAAAGCAAGGGCAUACACGGUUAGUUUUAACCGUAUAUGCGUGGGUUCACUCCGGGUGCUCCGGCUUCCCCCACAUGGUCCAAAAACAUGCAUUAUCAGCCAUCAUAGGCCCCUUAUUUCUGAUUCAAUGGUAAAAUAAAUA